CCGAAUUCUUAUAUCGGGCGACCCAUGGUCACUCGUCGGCGCGUUGCCCCUCGACCCGUUUUUUUCCCCUCCCCACCGGACGCUUGGGCUGCGGUUCCUGUUGCCGCAUCCCAUCUGGAAUCCUAGAUACUUAGAUAUAUCCCAAGGAACCCACCCCUCCCCCGUCCCAGCGAUCGUUCGUCCGUCAAAGUCGGUCUCGACUACGAUUAGUGCUGUCCCAUAGCCUUGUCCCGCCGGCGACGCAAGGCUACAACCGCAGAAUUGAAGAUUUUGUUUCGUUCUUGGCCUUAUGACUCCCAUGUUCCGCCUCCGUUGCUGCAUCCGUAUAGAAGGCGAAGCUUGAACUCGAUCAAACCCGCUGGAUAUACACCAGCUGAACAGACCGGCUCCCAGUUCACUACUCCUCUCUUAUUCCAGCCACAGAAGCCAUGGACUCCCGUCAGCAUCCCAAUCCUAAGGAGGAAUCCCUCGCGGCGUACGCCCAAUCCUACGCCGAUUCCGGCUCAUCGGAAGACACCAUCGACCAGGCGGCUGCUCUAGCCCACAUCACGACGCGAGCCUCUCGUCACUCCGUGCCCUCCUUGACCAGGAGAGUCACGUCGAUAGGCACGACGGAGGGGUCGGACCCGAACUUUGAAGUCGACUGGGACGAUGAGCUCGACAAGGAAAACCCGAAGAACUGGUCGAUCGCCUACAAGUCCAUGGGGAUCGCCAUCCUCUCCUACAACACACUGCUCAUCGUGCUGUAUUCCACCUCAUACACCUCGGGAGAAUCGCAGAUCGCCGCUGAAUUCGGGGCCUCGUCGACCGUCGUCACCCUCGGACUGACCAUGUACCUGAUCGGCCUCGCCAUUGGAUCCAUGUUCAUGGCGCCGUUGAGCGAGCUGUACGGGCGAAAGCCGGUUUCCGUGCUCUGUCUGCUCAUCUUCACCGUGCUGAUCAUUCCCUGCGCGCUCAGCAAGAGUCUGACCACAUUGGUUGUCGUCCGAUUCAUCGCCGCCCUGUUUGGAAGCGUCAUGAUCUCCACCGCCCCCGGAAUGGUGGCGGAUAUCGUCCUGGACGACCAGCGCGCACUAGCCAUGUCGUUCUGGAGUCUGGGCCCUAUAAACGGGCCAGUCAUCGGUCCCAUCAUCGGAGGCUUCGUGACGCAGUAUCUCGGCUGGCGCUGGAUGGACUGGAUCGCCCUGAUCCUUUCGGGCAUCGCCUUGAUCCUCUCGUGCGUCCUGAAGGAGACAUACGGGCCCAUCAUUCUGCAGAACAAGGCCGCCCGAAUGCGCAAAGAAACGGGCGAUCCACGCUGGUGGUGUCGCUACGAUCAGCGAGCCAGUUUGAACGAGCUGCUCAAAACCAAUCUCGGCCGGCCCUUCGUCAUGGCCGUCACUGAGCCGAUCUGCAUAUUCUGGAACGUCUACAUCGGCCUCGUCUACGGCAUCCUCUACCUCUGCUUCACAGCCUACCCGAUCGUCUUCCGCGACAUCCGUGGCUGGUCACUGGGGAUCUCCGGCCUGGCCUUCCUGGGCAUCGGCACCGGGUGCGUGAUCACCAUCUCCAGCGAGCCACUCAUCCGGCGAUUCAUCAACCUUCACACCCCCGACCCCGCAACCGGCAAACCCCCGCCAGAAGCGAUGGUCGCAUUCGUAUGCAUCUGCGCGUUCCUCAUCCCGGCGGGCGAGCUCUGGUUCGCAUGGACCUGCUCGCCCGCCUCGAUCCCCUGGAUCGUGCCCAUCCUGGCAGGCGUGUGCUUCGGCGCCGGCAACACGGGCGUCUUCAUCUACGCGACCAACUACCUCGCCCACAGCUACGGCGUGUACGCCGCGUCCGCGCUGGCCGGCAAUUCCGUGGUGCGGAGCAUCCUCGGUGGCGUGUUGCCUCUCGUCGGCACGUACAUGUAUGCGGGCAUAGGGCCGAAUUGGUCCGGGACGCUGCUGGGGUUGCUGGAGGUGGCGAUUAUUCCGAUUCCGUUCGUGUUCUAUAAAUAUGGCUAUCGGAUCAGGGAGAGGAGUGUGCUUAUUCGGCGGAUGCAGGAGGAUAAGAAGAGGUUGGAUGGGAAGAGGACGCAGACCCGGGGACGGGUGGAAGACGUGGAGGUGUUGGGGGAGAAGGCUGUGUGAGUGACUGACGGCUGGAUGGAUGGAUGGAUGAAUUGUUGUUGUUGUUGUUGUUGUUGGGUAUAUAUUCAAAACGUAUAGUGUAUAUGUGUGUGGUACAUAUCUUGAGUCAUAGCAUAGGUAUAUAAAAGUCGGUUAGAAACCCC